ACCUCCUGUGUCACAUUACGUGGAACUGGUUGCAAGUAUUAUAACCGGUCCUCCCCCCUAAGUCAUUAUUUCCUAAACAGACUCCACCUGGUCUCAGCUGAAUAACAGCACCAUAGGCUACUACAUCGUCUCUGUUUUCCACCAGCUGUAUUCACGGAAUAGUGUUAACUGAUCAUUUCAUCGCAAUGGACCGUGUUGUGCUGCUGCUGCUGCUGCUGUGUGUUGCCCCCCUGGUUCGAUGCUACUCUUCAGGUGAAGUUAUGGACAGUUGUCUUACCUUGCUACCGGGACACUCUGGGCAGAGCCCGCAGACAAAACCAGCACCCUUCACUGUCACGAUGAACUCCACCAGCUACAGACUCGGAGAUAAGGUGAAAGUUACACUCCAGGCUCCAGUCAACUCAAUAUUCACUGGUUUCCUGUUAGUGGCUAGAGAGGUGGGGGGUUCCUCUCCGGUGGGCUCCUUCUCCCUGAUACCAGCGAACGCUCAGACCCUACCCUGCAUCAAGAAACCUAACUCAGCUGUAGCCCACAAUUCAGCAUCUCCUAAGAACUCCAUUCAGGUGACAUGGACACCAGAUACACCAGGAAACGCAAAAAGCAUCCAGUUCCACGCAUCCUUCGUGCGUAAUUUCAAUACAUUCUGGGUUGGUGUUACAAGUCCUGCCAUGACCUUCGAUAAUGGUGUUGCUGGUGAAUCUACAACUCUCCUAACUACAACAACCACAUCACAGCAGUUUGCACCACCUUCUUCAGACCUGCAGAAGACUAUCUCCAGUGCAAAUUGCAGCGUCACCAAGGUGUGUUUCAGUCAGCCUUCAAACUGUGACCCAGCCAAUGCUGACUGUUAUUUCAUGUCAGCCAUGGUGGCGUCUCCCACCGGUGAAGCCAUUCACUAUGAGAUGAAAGGGGCUUCUGAUGGAUACAUCGCUUUUGGAUUCUCAGAUGAUCAGAAAAUGGGAAAUGAUGAUAUUUAUAUUUGUGGCAUCGCCAGCAACGGCAUGGUGGGGGUGCAGCAUGCCUAUUCAACAGGACGAAGUUAUCCAAAUAUUCUUCCUCUGGGGAACAUUACUAAUAUAACAACAUCAGUGCAGAAUGGGGUGAUCAGCUGUACCUUCACCUCCAUGAACAUUAUUUCUCUUCAGAGGACCACUGGCUUCAACAAAGCCUACUAUCUCAUGUUUGUCCAUGGACCCAGCAGCAAUGGAAAAAUCCAGUUCCAUAGAGAAACCUUCAUCAGCACUAAGAAGAUAAACAUUUCCAACCCUGAAGUUGUCCAAGAUGCCAGUGUACCUACUGUCUUCAAAGCCCAUGGGGCACUGAUGCUGAUAUCCUGGAUGACCCUCGGAUCACUGGGAAUGAUGGUAGCUCGAUAUCUGAAAAAAACAACGAAAGGAAAGAAACCGUUAGGCAAAGAUGUCUGGUUUGUGGUCCACGUUGGCGUGAUGAGUUUGACGGUUGCAGCAACACUGAUUGCCUUCAUCAUCAUCUUCUCAUACGAACAACAAUGGUCCGGGGGAGUCCAUCCCGUGUUAGGCUGCCUGGUUAUGAUCCUUUCGUUCCUCCAGCCCUUUAUGGCUCUGCUGCGCUGUGCACCAGAACAUCCACGGAGGUUUCUGUUCAACUGGUCACAUGCUUUAAAUGCCCUGGUUAUAAAAGUAUUAGCCGUGGCAGCCAUAUUCACAGGCCUGCAGUACCUUGACAACACCACGGACCAAUGGCUGGUGAAAGUGAUGGGUGGUAUGGUUGGCUGGGAGGCUCUCUUCUUCAUUCUGUUGGAUGUCCAAUCCAGAUGCAUGGUUAACAGGACAGAUACUUUGGACGUAACAGUGAUGACAAAUGAGAGCCUGCUGGUGGCUCUGUUCUUCCUGGGAAACUUUGCCUUUCUGGUGGCACUGCUGGUUGGAAUCGGAAGUUCAUAAGAGGAGCAAAAACAGAGCAAAGCAACCUGCUAAAUCAUAAACAUUUUUAAUAUUGUUAUUAUAUACCAGGACUCAAAUUGAUAGAUCAGUCUUGUAUUAAAACAAUGUUUUAAUAAAAUGCUAUAUAGUUAUGUUCCUACUUCCAAAUAUAUAAAAUA